UUUAUUUUGUUGGCAUUUCUGGCGGAAGUGCUGUGUACCAGUUAAGGCUUCAGGUAGCUUCGCUAGCUAAACUUUCGUUUUGGUCCCAUACUCUGCGAAUAUGGCCACGUUUUUCGGUGAAGUGUUGUCGGUUUAUUCUCGGGCUGUGGACGAAGAGGAAGAAGAUUUUGAUGAAAACGAAGAAGAUCAACAAAUCCGCAGAGAACUGGAGGAAAAGAGGGAGGUUCAUUUGCACUGGAGCCCUGAAGUCUCCGAGUCACUGAGUUCUGGGAACAAGCUGCAGUGUUCAGACUUCAUCCUCGCUGUGGGACACAAUGCAGCCAGCUUUCUGUCAGGGUACGUUCUCGCCCCUGCAAACUGGGACGCGCUUGGCCGAGCAUCGGUGUGGAACGAGCGGUGUCGGGCUGUAGCUGGGCAAACCAGCGAGGACUCUGCAUGUGUUUUCUACAGACACAAGGACAAUCCAUCAGUUUUGAUAUGCCAGGUGACUUGCCACAUUGCAGAAGAUCAGCUCUUUCAGUGGACACAAAAGGUGUUUGACUGUCUGCAGCACAGAGAGCUGAGAGUCACCGUUUUGUCAGACUGCUCCGUGGCUGAUUACAAGACAGAAGACUAUCUGUGCGGCAGCUCUGCUCCCUUCCUGCGGUCUCUUCACACCGGUGCUUUCAGCGAUCAGCCUGUCUGCCGGUCCCUGGAGCAACCCAACAUACUUAGUGGGCUUUCAGCUGCAGUACUGAACCACUGCCAGGUUCACCGCAUCGCUGCUGUUGUUUACCAGUGUUACAGUGAUGUCAUCGGCCUGGACUCUGUCACCAUGGAGACCUAUAAGCCGGCACUAACCAACCUCGGCAGGUCCAUACAGCUGGACACGUCACCAAACACAGCCAUCCUCCACAAGUUUGUCAGAACCACUGAAGUUCAGAGUAAUCUUUAUAUUUGAACUGCAGUGCAGAUAGAUGUAUUUUCCUGAUAAAACAUGGUCAUUUUUUAAAUAAAGAGCUUAAACAAAGAAAACCU